AUGAGCGGCGGCGGGGGCCACCCCGGGCAGGUGGCGGUGGCCAUGGCGGCGUGCGGAGGUUGUGCCCACUGUGCCCGGGCCUCCGAACUGGACCGGGGGGACUGCCAGGACACGCCGAUGCCGUGGCCGUCGGCUCUGCCGGACAGGCCCUUCCCCAGCCGGGCCCCGGCGGCGGUGGCCGCGGUGGCCGAGGCGCUGCUGGCCCCCGGGUUCUGGGCUCUGGACCGGCUGCUGGCCCUGCGGCCCACCACGGCCCAGCGGGCGCGCUGGCGGCGGCACCGGGCCGGCCGCUGCCUGGCCGUGGGCGCGCGGGCGCUGGCGGCACCGGCGCUGCUGCUGGCGCUGCUGCUGGCGCUGCCGCCGGCGCUCCUGGGGCUGCUGCUGUGGCUCCCGGCGCAGGCCAAGCGCCGGCCCUUCGUCUACCAGCACGCGGCCACCGCGCCCGCGCCCGAGCCCUGGGACCCGCGGCGCGCCCGCGGCUUCACCUUCCUGACCGCCAACCUGUGCCUGCUGCCCAGCGGCCUGGCCCGCUUCAGCAACCUGGGCGGCACGCGGCAGCGCGCGGCGCUCAUCGCCCGGCUCCUGGCGCCCGGCGCGCCGGCGGAACCUUCCGGGCACCGCCACGGGCUGCUGGAGCCGCGGCGCGGCCGGGACGGCGGCUACGGGGGCACGCUCAGCACCGCGGCUCGGGGGCACCCGGGCGGCGAUUCCAGGGUGGACACGUGGGUGGUGGCCAGUCCGGCAGCAGCGGUGGACGGCACGGUGCCGUGGAUGGAGAUGCCAAUGGCCAGCCCAACACCGAUGGCCAAUCCAACACCGAUGGUCAAUCCAACACUGAUGGCCAGCCCAACACCGAUGGCCAAUCCAACACCGAUGGCCAAUCCAACACCGAUGACCAACUCAACACCAAUGACCAACCCAACCGUGAUGAUCAACUCAACAUUGAUGACCAACUCAACACCGAUGACCAACUCAACACUGAUGGCCAACCCAACACCAAUGACCAACUCAACAUUGAUGACCAACUCAACACUGAUGACCAACUCAACACUGAUGACCAACCCAACAGCGAUGAACAACCCUUGGCCAAGCGUUGACUCAGUGCCAACACUGGAGUUGCCAAUCACCAACCCAACCCUGGGACCUGCUCCAUCACCAAUGACCAACCCGGGGCCGGAGCGGCCGAUCCCGCUGCCCGACCCGAUGCCCCCGGUGCUGACCGCCCACAUCCCGCCGGACACCGACUUCGUGUGCCUGCAGGAGGUGUUCGAUGCCACCGCGGCCACCACCCUGCGCCGGCAGCUGGGCCGGCGCUUCCCGCACGUGCUGUGGGGCGUGGGCCCGGGGGGGCUGCGCUGCGGCCGGCUGCGCGUGCUGGGCAGCGGCCUGGUCCUGGGCAGCCGCUUCCCGCUGCUGGCCGCCCGCUUCCACCCCUUCCCCAACGGCGCCCACGAGGACGCGCUGGCCAACAAGGGGCUGCUGGUGGCACAGGUGCUGUUGGGGACGGGGCAGGGCCGGCGCGUCGUGGGUUACCUGGGCUGCACCCACCUGCAGGCGCCCGCGGCCGAUGGCCCCAUCCGUGACGUGCAGCUGUCCCUGGUGCUCCGGUGGCUCCGGGAGUUCCGGCGGGAGCAGGAACGGCCGAGGGACCUGGUGGCCUUCGAUGUCCUCUGCGGGGACCUCAACUUCGACAACUGCUCCCGGGGUGACGCCAAGAACCAGGAGCACCCCCUGUUCAAGGAGUUCUGGGACCCCGCGCGCUGCGAGUCGGGCCAGGAACAGCCCUGGGCCAUCGGGACGCUGCUCAACUGGCUCAAGAUCUACGAGGAGCCCGUGUCCACCCCUGAGAAGAUGAGGAGGACGCUGUCGCAGCCCGAGGGACGCGAGCGGUUCCUGGCGGGUCCCAUCCUGUCCUGUGGGGCGCUGGACCCGCGGGCGCCGCGGCCGUGGCGGGGCCGGAGGGUGGACAGGGUGCUGCUGCGGAGGGACCCCGCGCUGGCCACCGAGGUCACCGGCUACUCGGUCAUCACCCAGCUGGCCACACUGUCUGACCACCUGCCCGUGGCCCUGCGGCUGCGCCUGGGGCCCGCUGACCUCUGACCCCGCACGGACACGGGGCCGGACACAGCUCGGACCUGAGCGUGGCCACGAACUGGACACAGCACCGGUCACUGCUGUGACCCCGGUGUGACCUCGGUGUGACCAUGGCUCCGGACACAGCACUGGUCACCGCUGUGACCCCAGCGUGACCUCGGUGUGACCUCAGUGUGACCGUGGCUCCGGACACAGCACCGGUCACUGCACUGACCCUGGUGUGACCUCGGUGUGACCUCGGUGUGACCAUGGCUCCGGACACUGCACCGGUCACUGCAGUGACCCCGGUGUGACCUCGGUGUGACCCCAGGGUGACCGUGGCUCUGGACACAGCACCGGUCACUGCAGUGACCCCGGUGUGACCCCGGUGUGACCUCGGUGUGACCAUGGCUCCGGACACAGCACCGGUCACUGCUCCGGACACAGCACCGGUCACUGCUCCGGACACAGCACCGGUCACUGCUGUGACCUCGGUGUGACCUCGGUGUGACCUCGGUGUGACCAUGGCACCGGUC